AUGACCGCUCCCAUCGUGGAGGCGCUGGAGAGGCUUCCGAAUCCUGAAACAGCUUCAGCGCCCCAAGAAGACGAUGCCACUGUGUCUGAUCCAGAGCCUGCCACUGCGACGUCGCAUCCCACUGCGCCCUCGCUCGAGAAGCCAACAGUCGGCAGCCCGAUAUCCCACAGCCAGAUUCUCGACAUCUACAACGCUCUCAAACAAAAAGGCCAUGGAACAUCGCUGGAGAGUUUGCUGGUCGGCGCCAAGGUCUACGUGCCGCCACCACCGCCCAAACCCGAGCCAACACCAGAGUACAAAGCAUUGAUGGCCAGACUACGACGAGAAGCCGAAGCACAACAGUACAAAAACAUGACCGCUCCGCAGCCCGAAUCCUUCAGCGACCGCUUCCCCCACGCGUAUGCUUCCGUCAACGCCGCGCUGCCAAAGGACACGGGCGACGACGACGAAAUCACCUACUCGGACGUGCACAGGCAGAUGCUGCUCCUUCUGAACUUCCUGGUCUCCAUCCUGGGUGUGGCAGGCACGCUGUGGGUUGCGGCACGAUGGUGGAGUCUGCCGGCGCGACUGUUCCUGACACUGGGCGGCGCCAUUGUCGUUGCGAUUGCCGAGGUCGCAGUGUAUCAGAUUUACGUGUGGAAAAUGGGCGACGCAAAGGGACGGCAAGACGGCGCCAAGGAAGUGCGGGAGGUCAUUGGCACGUGGACGUCUGGAGAUGACGCGAAGAAUACUGGCGAGGGGGCAAAUGUCAGCGAAGAAGGGGCAGUGGCAGAGGUUAAUGCGUCGUCGCCAGGCAGACAAGGUGGUGUCAGGCUGGCGUCGGGGAUACGUGGCGAAGACAGCGACGGCGUGAGGAGACGGCAAGCUCCGAAGAUGGGAGGCCAACCAUGA